AUGAUGGAAAAACCAGCAACUCCCGAGGAUAAACGACAUAAAAAUGUCUUUGCGUCUGCUGUGACUCGAAUGGUUUUCAAAAGAGGUCGAUUGACUGUACCUCCUCAGCGCGCUUUGGAAAUCUGCGGUAUUCUAUCGACCGAAUCCCCAACCGCAUCAUCUCAUACUGCCGACAAAGUCGGGACAACACAGUCAGCUAUCGAGUGCCCUGAAUGGACACUUGAAGAUAUUGAAUUCUCUAGACGUGAAAACCUCCCGAUUGUGCGGCUUGAAAGGGGCUGGGAUGCUGUCCGUGAGCUCUUCCGACAAGAGCCGUUUGCGUUGACAGAGUAUAAUGACUUCAUGUGGUGA